AGUAUUUAAACGUCGCUGACGUAGCAACGCUUCCUUUUCAGCUGUGAUAGUUGGAGUAGGAGGUUGUCCUGGUUGGUACGCUCCUGACUCACCGCUGUUCGUUCACUUUCAGUGUCUUAAAAGUCGACGGAUAAGUUGGUCAGGAGUUUACCAUGGCAUUUAAAGAUUCUGGCAAAGCACCUGUGGAACAGGAGGUUGCAAUUCACCGCAUUAGAAUUACUUUGACCAGCCGGAAUGUAAAGUCACUCGAGAAAGUUUGUGCUGAUCUAAUUCGUGGUGCUAAAGAGAAGAACUUGAAAGUCAAGGGACCUGUUCGCAUGCCCACCAAGACUCUGCGAAUCACAACAAGAAAAACCCCUUGUGGUGAAGGUUCUAAAACCUGGGAUCGCUUCCAAAUGAGGAUCCACAAACGUCUAAUUGAUUUACACAGUCCAUCUGAAAUCGUGAAACAAAUUACCUCCAUCAGUAUUGAGCCUGGUGUUGAAGUAGAGGUUACAAUUGCUGAUGCUUGAAUGUCUAUGGAAAACGCAAAAUAAAAUACGUUUUAAAUCCUA